UCAGUUAUGGUCUCUUCAUUCAACCAAAUAUACAGAGAGAGAGAGAGAGAGAGAGUAAUCUGUAGUCUUCCAUUUCUCUGUGUUGUGUUUGAGAUAUGUCUCUGCUUCAAGAUCUCCUCAACCUCGACCUCUCCGAUGUCACCGACAAGGUGAUUGCUGAAUACAUAUGGAUUGGCGGUUCAGGCAUGGAUCUCAGAAGCAAAGCUAGGACUCUUUCAGGACCUGUUUCCGAUCCCAAAGAGCUCCCAAAGUGGAACUACGAUGGAUCUAGCACGGGCCAAGCCCCAGGGGAAGAUAGUGAAGUGAUUAUCUAUCCCCAAGCAAUUUUCAAGGAUCCAUUCAGGAGGGGCAAUAAUAUUCUAGUCAUGUGUGAUGCUUAUACUCCUGCUGGUGAGCCAAUUCCAACAAACAAGAGGCAUAAUGCAGCAAAGAUUUUCAGUCAUCCCGACGUGGUUGCUGAAGAACCCUGGUAUGGCAUUGAGCAGGAGUACACGUUGUUGCAGAAAAAUGUUAAGUGGCCCAUUGGUUGGCCAGUGGGAGGUUUUCCUGGACCCCAGGGACCAUACUACUGCGGGAUUGGUGGUGACAAAGCCUUUGGACGUGAUAUUGUUGACUCUCAUUACAAGGCCUGCCUUUAUGCUGGUAUUAACAUAAGUGGCAUCAAUGGAGAAGUCAUGCCAGGCCAGUGGGAGUUUCAAGUUGGACCUUCUGUUGGCAUCUUAGCUGGAGACGAGUUGUGGGUGGCUCGUUACAUUCUGGAGAGGAUUACUGAGAUUGCUGAUGUGGUGCUUUCUUUUGACCCCAAACCUAUUCAGGGUGAUUGGAACGGAGCUGGUGCUCACACAAACUACAGCACCAAGUCUAUGAGGAAUGAUGGUGGUUAUGAAGUCAUCAAAAAGGCUAUUGAGAAACUUGGUCUGAGGCACAAAGAACAUAUCGCAGCUUAUGGUGAAGGAAACGAACGACGUCUCACUGGAAGACAUGAAACAGCUGAUAUCAACACAUUUUUAUGGGGGGUUGCAAACCGUGGUGCAUCAAUUCGUGUUGGCCGAGACACAGAAAAACAGGGCAAAGGGUAUUUUGAGGAUCGGAGGCCUGCUUCGAAUAUGGAUCCAUAUGUUGUCACUUCCAUGGUUGCAGAGACCACCCUUCUGUGGAAACCAUGAUUCUGCUGUCAUCUACACGCAACCUUGAGACCGCCGCUGUUUCUGGUGACGUUUCAUCGUCAGAGUAGUUGAAUUGUAUCACAGCACAACCCAUUUAAGUAGCCUGUUUUAUUUUCUACCCGGUGUUUCGCUGUUUAUCUUUCUUUGUAUUUCAAGUCUUAUGGCGAGCUUCCUUGCCUUGUGAGUGGUCCUGACGAUGAAUAACAGCACAUUUACAUUGAUAACAUAUUGAAAUUAGGGCUGCUUUUUAUUGUGUU